CGAUCCUCAGAACCACCACCACUCGUCUCCAUAUUCUGACAAAGAUUUUAACCAGUUUGCGAACAAUAAGAUUACAGCCUCCAUCGAAGUUCAGACAUCUAGAGUUAUCUGCCUGACUAAAUUCGAGAACGGCAAAUCACGAUGCAUAUCUGCCUUGCAACCAUCCUUUCAAUUGCCAUCCUUCUGGGUGACUCUAUCAAGCUCCAGGCUGCCAUCACCGGGCCGGUUCCCAGGAACAGUGAUGGUUCUGAGUCUCAGGUGUGUCCAGUGUGCUGCCAGCAGGGACCUGCUGGAACACCCGGCAUACCAGGCCUGCCGGGCAGCCAAGGCCUGUAUGGCCCAGCCGGGUCAAAGGGCGAUGCAGGCGAGCCAGGUGAAAAGGGUGAGAUGGGUCCAAUUGGCGCCGUGGGUGAACGGGGCGCACAGGGGAACCCUGGGCCGAAAGGGGGCGAAGGAAUAGGCCUGCCUGGUAUGAGAGGUUCGCAAGGGCCGCCUGGAUUAGUUGGCCCAACUGGGGAAGCUGGUGUCAAAGGUCAAAAGGGUGAGCCAGCAGAGACUCCAGGUAACCCUGCACACCCAGUAGCAUUCUCUGUGAGGCGGAGAAGCUCCACAGAUACCUCUUCGAGUGACAACACCCAUUUGGCCUUUGAGGAGACAGAGACGCUUUUGCCAGGUACCAGCUUUGAUUUAUCGACUGGUACAUUUACAUGUAAUGUACCGGGUACCUACGUGUUCAUGUUUUCUGUGCUUAAACAUUCUUCGUCCAGCUACAUUCGGGUUCAUCUGAAGAAAAACAAUGAAUUCAUUGUCUCUGGUCAUGGUAAUGAUUCAGGUAAGUAUGAGCAGGUGUCUGGCAGUGCGGUGUUGGUUCUGCAGCAAGGAGACACGGUGUAUUUGACCAUGCACGGUAAGGCGCACAGUGGUUCCGUCUAUCACUACACCUCAUUCAAUGGCUUUCUCCUUUAUGCUGAAUAAACAACACAGCAACCACACUUGAAAUAUUCAAGAUUGCUACUGCAUGCGCUACAAGUUAAAACCGAUUGUGAAGUGUAGAACCUCCCAAUAACUUCAAUUAAAAAAAAUACUCCAAAACGAUUCUGCAGCCUGAACAUAUUUUCAUUCAUUCUAACAUCCUACUUUGAUAGUAUGUAUGUCUAAUCUUUGUGUUAUAAAGCCAAAAUGUAUAGCCUUACACCGCAGAAAGACCACAAAAUGGUUACAUUAAAAAAUUCCAAAUAUUUUGCCCCUCCCCCAAAAUGUGGCUCAGCGUCUAGCCUGGGUCAGGUAUAAUAUGGAAUUGUCUCCACUUUACCCUUUUCAGUAUCUGAUAUGAACCAAUUUCUUGUCUUCAAGUUAAAAACAAUGCCAGAACCUUAGAAUAAUGGCAGCUAUACAAUGGCAGAUAUACAGUGGCAGAUAUACAAUGGCAGAUAUACAAUGGCAGAUAUACAAUGGCAGCUAUACAAUGGCAGAUAUACAAUGGCUUCCAGCUGUUUUAUGCUACUCAGAAAACUUGGAUGGCAUCAUGCACAUAUGCAAACAAGAAGUUUACAAUUAAGGGAGACAAAGAAGUUAUGUGGGAAUUAUAAUGUGGCUAUUGUGAUAAUCAGAUCUUUUAAAACAAAUUAGUGUACUAACUUGUAAAAAAUUUGUAAGGCGAUAGUGUCAACUUAUUUUGCAGCUAACAAAUUUAAAAUAUCAACUAGUAAAGGGUGCUGCUAAUAACCAGUGUAUUAUCACUCAGCAGAUUUUAUAACACACCUUUUCCUGGGUUUUUUAUCCUGGUUGGCUGAAAUACGGUCAAGUGCAGUUCACUAAUAUGGGCUAGUGCAUGAAUUUGGCGUCAGCGUGAUUCAACACAUGCCUAGACAUUACACGCGCAUCAAUUCCGUAGAUGAGUGCCCGGUCAGGUACUAGUCUUGAAAAUCUUUGACUGGUUAUUGCGCCCUCUGGAGGUUGAGGUGAAUUGGUAUUGAAUGAAAAGUUGAAUUUAAACAAUUAAAACCUUAUAAGAAUUCUUAUCUUUGUUGAAUGUAGCAACUCAAAAUAAGACAGUGUCAAGGGACACUAAAAUGAAACUUCAAUGAUUUUCAAUUGUUGAAGUGCUAGUGAAAGUAGAACUAAAACAGUUAAAACUCUGAAAGAAUAUUUGUCUAGUUUGAGGUGUGUUAUUAAAAUAGGCUUGUUGAAAGGUACAGAAAUUAGAAAAGUGAAUGGAAAGUAGCUUUGAAUUUAUUUUAUUAAAAUUAUCUGAAGUGCAAAA